GUAGGGUGCCUUUAUAAUAUGUUUCUGGGCGCUGCUGAGGGAGCGUGGAAAUGGCAGCGGGUGGGUCGUACAGUAUAGUGGAGUAUUUCGGGGGAGAUGACGGCUAUCGCUGCGGUUACUGUAAACAUGAAAACGGCAAUUUCUCACACGGCAUGUGGUCCCAUACUAUGACAGUGCAGGACUACCAAGAUCUCAUCGACAGAGGCUGGAGAAGAAGUGGCAAAUAUGUUUACAAACCUAUUAUGAAUAAGACAUGCUGCCCACAGUACACCAUCAGGUGCCAUGCUUUGAACUUCCAUCCAUCGAAGACUCACAAAAAGACCUUGAAGAAAGUGAAUAGGUUCCUCUCCAAAGGAGAGAUGCCAGUAGAGAAGCAUGAUGAGGGUCACCAUGAAGGAGAGCCCAUGGACUCUGUGCAUGAAGAGGGUGUUCAACCACCUCCUCAAGACCCUCUGAAAAUAGACCACAGUGAAGUACAGGACAUCAGCACCAGCCCAGACACAGACACCACCAACUCAACUGCACCAACAACGCCCAGAGACGACGCAGAGAAAACCACUAAUGUUACACCCAAACCAGGUAAGGGAGUCGAUCCCAACAGGCCUUUGUGUCGGAAAGCUAAGGACCUCAGGAAAGAGAGACGACUUCAAAAGGAGCAACAGAAGCAGCAAGAAGCAGUGUCUUCCACUGUGAAUCCCGCCCCAUCAAAAUCUUCAUCUAAUCAACCCAAAUCAUUGGAGGAGUUCAUUACAGAGUCCUUACCCAGUGACCCUCUGCACCGUUUGGAGGUGAGGCUAGUGCCGGUCAGCUUUGAGGACCCGGACUUCCUGGCGUCGUAUGAGCAGUCAGCGGCGCUGUAUGCACGCUACCAGAUGAGCGUUCACGGCGACGCUGCGUACGAGUGCGGGGAGAGCGAGUUCAAGAGGUUCCUCUGUGACUCUCCUUUAGAGGCUGAGACCGCUCCUGAUGGUCCUGAUGUGGGCUACGGCUCGUUCCAUCAGCAGUAUUGGUUGGAUGGCAGAAUAGUAGCCGUAGGAGUUCUGGACAUCCUGCCCUCCUGUGUGUCGUCUGUGUACCUCUACUAUCACCCCGAAUUCUCCUCGCUCUCACUGGGCACCUACUCUGCUCUCAGGGAGAUUGCCUUCACCAGGCAGUUGCAGCAGCAGUCGGCCAAAUAUUGA